AUGUGGGUAUGUCGCGACGGGUUCAAUUACAUUGUGGAGAAGCAGGAGCAGCAGAAAAUAUGUUUCGGCUCGGGAAAAUCUCGGGAUAUCGGUCUCAAGAGGGGGAUGAAUGCAUUCAUGCGUUUUUAUGUGCCCGAGGAUUUUCCGAAUACUGGGCCCGGACGGUACGAUGUGCUGGGCGCCUUCAAGGCGGUUACUUCGAAGCCCUGUGCGAAGAGCUUCAGUCGAAAGGGGUAUGGAGGGUUGGGGAGGUUCGCCGUUUCGAUAACUCAUACUGAGGAUUAUCCUGCACCUUGUGAGUACAAUGUUCCCUCGUUUCCUGCCAAAGUUAAGGAGAUGAAGGCACCAUUUAGCUCCACUGCCAAGAGAAAGACUUUUGAUACUAAUCGAAAUCCAGGGCCCGGACUCUACCGCAACAUAACACCCAUAAGAAGGCGCAUAAUAUUCGACCACAGUUUCGGUGGAAGCGUGAAACUGCGCCUGGGCGUUGAAAUAAAAUGCUGCAAACGAAACACAGACAUAUGCGGUGUUUGCGAUGAGAAUCCAAUCGGUGAUUACUGGCACUUGAACAACCGGAUGUACCUCUGUCGGGGUUGCAUGACUAUUGAACGUCAGCGGCCCAGAAAGCAUACGAAAAAAGAACUGAAUAAUUUCCGAAAAAUCCGCGACUGCUCCAUGAUUCACUCGCAUGAAGGGACGGAUGCUAAAAUCUGGCGGAUGCAUCCUGGAGUCAUUCAGAAAUGGUCUCAGAAAGAGGCCUAUUUGUGCUCCUACUUCAAAGACUAA